AUGAGCUUUAGUGACAGGGUUUUAAUUAUUGGUCCAGCAGUACAACCAGGGGAGAAUAGUACAUAUAGAGAAGCAGAAGUUACUAAAGAAAUUACUUUAAGAUCUAAUAAUGGAAAUAAAAAAUUUCCUUUAUAUACUUUACCGAAAAGGCUGGGUAUAUGUGUUAGUAUUGAAUUAAAUAACAAUUAUUCAAUUAGAGUGACCUCAUAUGAAAUAGAUGGUAAACCGAAAACAUAUUAUAAUUUAAAUGUUCCAUUUUCUUCUUUCAAUUAUGUAUAUUCUGAAAAAAUUAAUGUUUUCUCUAAACAUGGUUAUCAUGUAGUAAAAAAAAAGUUUAUAACGGAAUCAAAUAUUAGUUCAAUACAAUGGUAUUUUUCAGUUUUAUCUAUAUAUAUAGAUUUCUUUUUAGAGUUACUAAAAACAUCUCCUCACUAUGAAAAAGAAAACAAACAAAUGGGUUUCGAUAAUUUUAAAAUCAUUCCAGGGUUUAGACCCAUCUAA